AUGUCUUUUGCUCCUAACUCAGACCAAAAGAGUAGAGAAAAACAAGAAAAAUUCUUAAAAGCCCAACUUGAAAAGGAGAGAGAACUCCGUCUUAAGGAAGAAAUUGAGAGAACUGAGAAGGAAAGAAAUAAAAAGAAGGGACUUAAGAUCCUUAAAAACUCAGGUAUUCUUGAUGCCUACGAAUAUUUGUUGGAGUCACUCUGCAAGUAUGGGUUACCGACUGGGGACCUAUACGAAUUCUCAGCCCUUACUGUGCUUAAAUAUGAAAAGAAGUUCAAAGUCAUGAAAAGGAAGGAGUUGCAAAAUAGAUUGAAGCAGAGAGAAGACGAGCAAGAAGACCCUGACAUUAAGGCCAUCAAGGCAGGCAAGAGGGAUAAGAGCAGGAAGAAGUCCCAAGAUUCUGAUGAUGACUCUCCUAAGAGAUCUAAGAAGUCUAAGAAGAGCAAGAAGAAGAAUGAUAGUGAUGAUGAGAAGGAACAAGAUGAUAGGAAGAGCACUAAGAGCAAGAAAAAGAAGAAAUAA